AUGGGAGACAAAGCGAUCCUAACCGAAGUGCUUGAAGCAUCAAACCUCACGGAGGCUUAUGUUGAUUUGACGGCCAAACAGUUGAUCAAAGAAAUUCGUCAUGUCGGCGACGAUUUUGCUGUUCGUUACUCGAAUCUGGACGAUCGAAAUGAGUUAGGCGAGCCGUCUGAUCAAAGGGAAAUCGAUGGGUCUCAAGAAAAGACGUUUACAGUCGAUGAAGCUGUGGAGUCAUUGGGAUUCGGAAGGUUUCAGUUGAAGUUGUCUAUUUUGACAGGGAUGGCGUGGAUGGCCGACGCGAUGGAGAUGAUGCUUCUCUCCCUGAUUUCCCCUGCUUUAGCCUGUGAAUGGGGAAUUUCAUCUGUCCAACAAGCUCUUGUCACAACUUGUGUUUUCAGUGGAAUGAUGUUGUCAAGCACGUUUUGGGGAAAGAUUUGUGACCGGUUCGGGAGGAGAAAGGGACUAACAUUCUCCACACUGGUUGCUUGUAUCAUGGGAGUGUUAUCUGGAAUGUCGCCAAAUUUUUAUGUUUUAUUAUUCUUCCGUGGACUGACUGGGUUCGGAAUUGGAGGAGUGCCACAGUCUGUAACCCUCUACGCGGAGUUCCUUCCCACUGCUCAACGUGCCAAAUGUGUCGUUUUAAUAGAGUCAUUCUGGGCAAUUGGGGCAGUUUUCGAAGCUCUUCUCGCGUAUUUCGUAAUGGAGACGUUUGGAUGGAGAGCCCUCAUGUUCUUGUCUUCAUUGCCAUUGGGCAUUUUUGCAGUCGCUUCUUUUUGGCUCCCCGAAUCUGCCCGUUUCGACAUGGCAUCCGGACAUCCUGAGAGAGCACUGGAAACCCUUCAAGCAGCUGCACGAAUGAAUCGAGUACAGCUACCGACUGGAAGACUGGUGUCCUCGACAAAAAUGGGAUCAGAAAGCCGAGGAGAUAUUGCCAAUUUGUUGUCGCCUGAUUUGAGGAAGACAACUCUGCUGUUGUGGUGUAUUUGGGCGAUCACGGCGUUCUCCUACUACGGAAUGGUGCUCUUCACCACUGUCCUCUUCCAGUCGCAUGAUGAAUGUCAUGGAGGACUAUACUCAAAUGGAACUUCUCUAGAAGUAUGUCAUCCGCUGACAAGAUCUGAUUACUUUGAUCUACUAUCAACUACUCUUGCUGAAUUCCCCGGGUUAAUUAUCACUGUGUUGAUAAUUGAAUGGUUCGGAAGGAAGAAGACAAUGGCGCUGGAAUACGCCAUAUUUGCAGUCUUCACGUUCUUGUUGUAUUUCUGUUUGGAUAGAUUCACCGUCACCGUGCUCAUCUUCGUCGCCCGUGCAUUCAUAUCCGGUGCGUUCCAAUGUGCUUAUGUAUAUACACCUGAAGUCUACCCGACUACGUUGAGGGCAGUUGGAUUGGGUACUUGUUCGGCUAUGGCAAGGAUUGGAGCAAUUGUAACACCGUUUAUAGCGCAGGUGGCCUCCGAACACUCCUUAUCCCUACCCAUUGGUAUUUAUGGAACUGCAGCGAUUCUCGGAUUAAUUGCCUCUCUAAGUCUUCCGAUUGAGACAAAAGGAAGGCAAAUGAUGGUGAGAAAUUCUCAUUUUUAA